AUGGACGGCGAGGCGGCUCUCGCCGCGGCGGUGGCUCUGCCGCUCGCCGCGCGCGCCGUCCGUGGCGCCGUCCUCGAGACUCGUGCCCUCGGCCAGCCGGCGGUGCCGCAGCCCGCCAGCCCGGCGGCCGACGCUGGAUGGACGCACUCCACACGUACUGGAUCGAUCGGCGGCUCAGACCUCGAGAUCAAGGAUCUCACCCAGCGAAGCGUGCGAGUCACGUUGGGCGCCGCCAGCCGGGCUGCGGGGUCGGCCGAGACUGAGCCAGACGAGGAGGUUGACGUGCUCGUCGUCGGUGGCGCGGCGGCGGGGCUGGCGGCGUCGGCGUGCUGCCAGCGCGAGGGGUUGACUUGCGUCGUGAUCGAGAAGAACGAGGCUUCGGGCGACAUCUGGCGCAGCCGGCACGACAUCAUCGAGGAGUGCCACCUGCCGCUGCUGCAGAUGCCGGCGACCUACCCGACCUACCCGUCGCGGGAGCAGUUUGCGCGCUACCUCGCCAACUACCGCUCGGUCCUGGGGCUGCGCGUCGAGUACCGCUCGCUCGUGGCAGGCAUGGCGCCCUCGCAAGCUGCGGGCGGCGGGUGGGCCAUUGACGUGGCUCGGCUCGACGGCGCGUCUCGCAAGCGCUUCGUCGCGCGGCACAAGCUGCACUCGGAGCUCUUCUCCCUCGAUUGGGUUCGGCAUGUGAUCUUUGCGAACGGCGUGUACAACGAUGCGCUCCUCCCUCCACUCCAGGGCAAGGAGCGCUUCUGCGGCAAGAUCGUCCACUCGUCGCGUUACACGAACGCGACCGACCUCGGCUGGGCGAGCGGCAAGCGCGUGCUGGUUGUGGGGUGGGGUAACAGCGGCUCGGAGAUCGCGCUCGACUUGGUCGAGCACGGCGCGAUGCCCGCCUCGACAUGUCGAGCACGGCGCGAGGCCCACCCUGCUCGCGCGCAGCCCGCAGGCAUCGUGCUCGCGACGGGCUACCACCUCUUCUCGGGCCACCGCCACUUUCUGGACGCCGCGUCGCUGCAACGGCUCGGCACCGGCAAGGAGGCGAUCAAGACGGGCUCCGUGGUGCCGGGAUGCGAGCUGCGCCUGCCCAACGUGUGGGCUCUCUUCGGCCGGCUGCAGAUGAUCCGCGACGCCGCGCCCGCGCUCGGCCGCAGGAUCGCGCGGCGCGUCCACGGGGGAUCGCGGUGGCGCGGGGCUGCGAGCUGGGUCUGGUGGGUUGUCGAGCACGUGCUGAUUGCUUGGGCGGUUCUUGCCGCCAGGCGGAGGCUGAAGCAGAAGGCGCGACAGCUGCGCUGA